AAGAAACUUCAGCAGCCAAAGACCUUUUCUUUUUCUGUUCUUUCUCUCCCUCUCUCUCAUGUCUCUCGUCAUAUCGAUCCUUUGUUAAUUCGCAUUUAAUUUCUUCCGUUGUUGUUGCUGUUGUUCUGUGUGUAUAUAAACUUGCAGAGAACGCAAAGCUAGAGAGAGAGAGAGAGAGAGAGAGAGAGAGAGAACGUAGGAAAUAGAAAACAAAAGGGAAAAAAACAUGGAUCGUUUACGUUGGUUUGGACGCUCGGAUACGUUGUUCGUGUUCCUUGCCAUCCUUCUCCCCCUAUUUUUCUCCAUUGCCAACUCAGCUUUCAACGUCACCACCAUUCCUUUCAAUCAAGGCUACCUUCCUCUCUUCGGCGACGACAACCUCGUUCGCUCUCCCGACGGCAAAGGCGUCCGCCUCCUUCUCGACCGCUUCACAGGUUCGGGCUUCAUCUCCUCCAAACUAUACAAACAUGGGUUCUUCAGCGCGAAUAUCAAGUUGCCGUCCGAUUACACCGCUGGCAUCUGCGUUGCGUUCUAUACAUCGAACGGUGACGUAUUCGAGAAGAGUCACGACGAGCUGGACUUCGAGUUCUUAGGGAACCUUGAAGGGAAGCCAUGGAGGUUCCAGACUAACUUGUAUGGAAAUGGAAGCACAAACCGUGGGAGGGAGGAGCGUUACCGCCUUUGGUUCGAUCCCACCAAGGAAUUUCAUCGCUAUAGCAUCCUUUGGACGGCCAAGAACAUCAUAUUUUACAUUGAUGAAGUUCCUAUAAGAGAGGUUGUAAGAAAUGAUGCAAUGGGCGGUGACUACCCAUCAAAGCCAAUGUCUUUGUACGCCACCAUAUGGGACGCUUCAAAUUGGGCCACAUCUGGCGGCAAAUACAAAGCGAACUACAAGUAUGCCCCCUUUGUAGCCGAGUUCAAAGACCUUGUCCUCGAGGGUUGCCCCACGGACCCUAUCCAACAAGUCUCGGAUGCUGGAGUUUGCAUUGAAAAAGAUAUUGUUAACCUUAACAGUCAAGACUAUGCCAUUGUGACGCCUGAGCGUCGUCUCACCAUGCGGAAGUUUCGUCAAAAGUUCAUGUACUACUCUUAUUGCUAUGAUACGUUGAGAUAUCCUGUGUUGCCACCAGAAUGUGUUAUUAUUCCUUCAGAGAAGCGGCGGUUCAAAGACACCGGAAGACUUAAGUUUGGAGGAAGCCACCACCGCCAGUCGAGGCGGAGGAGUCGGGCUCCAGUCACUUCUAAUUCGGAGUUUGAUUUGAAUAUGUGAUAUGUUGAU